AUGCACGGAUUCCAAAAUCUGCACAGAGCGAAGACGAAGAAAACGAUAGCUGAUGCCGCAAACAAAGUGGAUCUAAUAGACCUCUCUCGAUCCACUGUGAAACAGAGCAAUGUGUCUUCAGCAGUAACCCUAACUCUCGAAGAAGUGAUAGUCGACAUCGAAGCUCCCAAGGCAAAACGGAUUGAGACGAAGAAGAGGAAGAGAAUAUCGAUGAAGACGCUGCUCAAAUCGAGUAAAGGUAGCUUCGACGAAUAUAGCAGGCGGCAGAAAGACAAUGGUUGCUACUGUCAUGCUGUUGUUCAUACUAUCAGGUCGGGUCAAAGCAUUAACUUACUUUGCGAGAAGAAUAAGGAAGUGUAUUACUUUGUGAGGAAGGAAGAACGAGAGAAAAGGGGAAGAGAGACGACAUUGGGUUAUUGGGAAGACUGUGAAGAGGGAGAAGCAGGAAGAACACAAAUCAUAGCUACGCCAAGACCAAAUGAUAAAGAUUCUCCAUUUCAACCUUCAAGACAUUCAUCAAUCCAGUCUGAAGCUUCUGAAGCCAUUGAAUCGACAGCUACAAUAGAGAAUGAAAACGAAGGCUAA